UCUCUCUCUCUCUCUCUCUCUUUCUCUCUCUCUUGCUUUCGUUCAUUCGCUUUCCACCGGCAGGCUCUUUCAGUGUUCGUUCGAACGCGGCCUCAUACGGUUUUGCCGGCUCGUGGCCGAAGAAUUCUUUCUCUCUUUUCCUUUCUCUUUCUCUCCCUUUCUCUAUCUGUCUCUCUUUCUCUUUUCGCCAUGGGAGCACACUGCCGCGGUGGUGAAAAAGCCGAGGGUAGCCCUCGGUAGCCGAGCUUACCCCGCUUACUCGCGCGCGCACUUACGUACGCACGCACAUUAAAUACAUAUACAUAUACACAUAACGCACGCACUAUACACGUAUAUACAGUCAUAUACAUCCACAAAAGACCGGCUAUCGGGACAUUUGUCCGGGGCUUCGCAGAGAGAACGCGCGCGGGCGUGCGCGAUCUUUCGCGAUCGGUCGCUUAUAGGGAGUGUGAGUGAAAGUGUCGUUUGCUGAUUAACGAGGAGGGACCAACCCUCAUUGUAACAAUCAAAGUUGUAUAUAUUCUUUUGAACGUGUAGAAAAUGUAGAGUGAAAAUCACUCGAAGAGAUUCUGUCCUAUUGAAAGAAAGGAAAAAGGGUGGAAAGCAUAAAAAAAGAAGGAAGGAAGGAAGAGAGAAAGGAAAAAGAACUGUAGAAAGGAAAAAAGCAAAAAGGAAGCAAGAUGUCAGGAAACUAUACGGUACGCUGCGAACCGGGUUUGAUGAUACCGAUAUGGACACCUUUAGAAAAUCUUCAUUUGAUAGACCUGAUCUUUCGAGGAAUCGUUUAUUUUUUCCUGCUUCUCUAUCUGUUCAUCGGUGUAUCGAUCAUUAGCGAUCGGUUUAUGGCGGCGAUCGAGGUAAUCACGUCGAAGGAAAAGGAAUUGGUCGUACGCCGACAGGGUAGAGAGCCAACGAUAGUCAUCGUCCGUGUUUGGAACGAAACUGUGGCUAAUUUAACAUUGAUGGCUCUUGGUAGUAGCGCGCCUGAAAUACUUCUCUCGAUCAUUGAGAUCUGGGCGAAAAACUUUCAAGCGGGCGAAUUAGGUCCGGGUACAAUCGUCGGCUCGGCGGCAUAUAAUCUUUUCGUGAUCAUCUCACUCUGUGUGUUCGUAAUACCGACUGGCGAGACGCGAAAAAUUAAACAUCUACGGGUCUUCUUCGUUACAGCCACGUGGAGCAUAUUCGCUUACGUCUGGCUCUAUGUAAUACUCGCGGUUUCGAGUCCGGGCGUUCUUGAAGUAUGGGAAGGGAUAUUGACGUUUACAUUUUUUCCGGCGACUGUAUUAACUGCUUACGUAGCUGAUCGACGUUUACUCAUCUACAAAUAUCUUCAUAAGGGUUACCGAAUGAACAAGAGAGGAGUAAUCGUUCAGGCAGAGGCAGGCGAUUCCGACGGCGGAGUCGAACUCGAGAUAAAACCACAACAGGAUAGCUUUCAUACGGUCGAUCGGUUGGCCGAUGCCGAUACGCCCGAAGCGCGGGAGUUUGAACAAACACGUCGGGAUUAUAUUAAUACGUUGAGGGAACUUAGAAAGAAACAUCCAACUUUACCGUUGGAACAACUCGAAGUUAUGGCGCACGAGGAGGUACUUGGUAAGGGACCAAAGAGUAGAGCGUUCUACAGGGUCCAAGCGACAAGGAAAAUGGUCGGUGCUGGUAAUCUCAGUAGGAAGAUCAGUGAGAGAGCUCAAAGCGAUCUUAGCGAGGUCAAGGCCGAAUUACAGAAGGCCGAGGCCGAGAGUAUCGACAUAGAAAACGUAAACGCAAUGAGAGUCUUCUUCGAGCCAGGACAUUACACGGUUAUGGAGAACGUUGGUACCUUUGAGAUCGGUGUUACCAGAGCUGGCGGAGAUCUGAAUAAAUCCUGUACCGUCGAUUAUUCCACCGAAGACGGUUCUGCCGAGGCUGGCUCUGAUUACGUUAGUGCCAAAGGUACCUUGACCUUCGAAUCCGGCGAGACCAAAAAAACGAUACAACUUUCCGUUAUAGACGACGAGCUUUUCGAAGAAGACGAACAUUUUUACGUCAGAUUGAGCAAUAUAUCGCAACCAGCCAUGCUGGUGUCACCAAGCUUAGCGACGGUGAUGAUCUUGGACGAUGAUCACAGCGGAAUAUUUGGCUUUCCCGAGAGGGACAUCGAGCUCGUAGAAAGCGUCGGACAAUAUCCUUUGCGGGUGGUGAGAUACAGUGGCGCCAGAGGACGCGUCAUCAUUCCUUAUCGUACGAUCGAAGGAACUGCGAAACCGGGAAAGCAGUAUGUUCACACCGAAGGAUCUCUCACCUUUGAAGAUAAUCAAACCGAGUGA